GAACCCAGCGCGGUCUUCCAGGGAGUGGCCCCAGCACCUGUCCGACCUGUUCUGGGGAUAUAUGACGCCUGAGGAAUUUCUCUCGCUGUCACGGUCCUUUGUUUAACGGGCUCUUUUUAGUGGGAGACAAGAGGGCGAGAGAGAGAGGGGGAAAGAGAAAGGGGGCAGACAGAAACAGGAGAGAUGUCGGAACCAGCCGCCAACCCCGCUGUCAACCCCGCUGUCAACCCCGCUGCCACCUCGUUUCCAACGGCAACUAUUACUUUACCUUUGGGACCGGGCGUGUUGAGGACCUAUUCCGGAGCCCUCCUCUGUUUAGAAAUAUUAUUUGGUGGUCUAGUAUGGAUCCUGGUGGCGUCGUCCAAUGUGCCGGUGCCCCUGCUGCAGGGGUGGGUGAUGUUUGUGUCUGUAACCACCUUCGUUUUCUCCUCCGCCUACCUCGCUCUCCUCAUCACUGGUUUGGCUGACCGCAUCAAUACUGACUGGAACUUCUUGGAUCUUUUUUACCAUUUCAUAGCUCUCCUCUUCUACUUUGCCGCCUUUGUGUUGGAGGCAGCAACAACAGCAGCUGCCAUCAAGAUUCUACCAAACCAAACCGUAUGCAUAUUGAAACCUCGCGGCAAUAUUUUGACAUUCCUGGAUGGCAGGCAGUACAGUAUUAAUGUGGUAGCCACGAUAUUUGCCUUUGUGGUGACACUAUGCUAUGGCUGCAGUAUGGUGAUGGGCUUCAAGAGGUGGAGGAAGUAACUGCGAAAAUGGACACAACUUGAUUUUCCAACUUCCUGCUUCAUAACUUCGACAUGUAUUAAAACAUGAGCCACAUUGUGCAGUGCUCCUUAGAGAGCUCUGCUACUGAGUUCGGCAAAGCGCACACUGUUAUUUCCUAUUACGACGCUCUUGUCAGAAAGUGAUCACCACAUCAAAGCUACGGUGGAAAAAUAUAGAUGACGAAAUUCUCAGCCUCAGACAAAACAUCUGGCAAGAUGUCUGGAUGUUAAUGUUUCUGCAGUAAUUUAUUUUGAGAUAUCGAAAUCACGAAAUUCACGUAAAUUCACACAGGGCUGAUAAAGGUAUUUUGAGGACAUGGAUAAAGAACAGUACUUAUAGGGCUCGUUAUCAGCGUAUAGAUUUGAUUUAUUAACCGAGAGUUUUGCAACUUUUGAUGCUAAUCACUCAAAAUUGAUGUGGGAAGAUAAGGAACGCUGUGAGUGGUUAUAUUGCACAGGACUGUGAAACUAGUGAGGGUCAUUAAAAUAAUUCAAAUGAUGCUCGAGUUUUGUUUUCCUCCCUGCUACGUUAAGCAAACAGAUAAUGUCCCAGUUUCUAAAUCACUGCUUCACUGGAAGAAACAAUUCCCAUUUUUAGUUCCAUUACAAAUAUUAGAUUAGAUUACUUUGAUGGCACAAUAUGUUUCACAGACUACAAACAGCGGGCAUAUUCUUAAUCCCAGUGUCGCUGACAUACCUUGGUGCUAAGGCGCUGUGAACUCUGAUUUUAACACUGCUGUCAUGAAAUGUUCAUGUGGCUUAAAAUGAAGGUGGAUCUGGUGUUUGAAUGUCCUAAUAUUUUUGAUUGAAUGUUUUUCAAAAUAUUGUAACCUACUGCAGACUUGGUCAUUACUGGUAAUGUAGCUGACUUCAGUGACUUACAGAUAAAUAAAAUCAAUAAUUUAACCUGUUCAUUAAUUUUUGUUAAAAAGUAUAUUUUAAAUAGAAUGUUUUAAUAUUUGACCUUAAUACUUAAUUGUGUUGAUGCCUUAUUAAACCACUUAAAUGAAUAACUAUCUUACUCGGUACGUGAUUUAUGAUUUGUUUUUGCUGCAUACUUUUGUUUGUGUUAGGUAACUGGAACAUAUUGUUAAUUUAAAAUAGUGUUAAAUUAAUAUGUUUUUGAUUGUUUGAUAUUUUAAAUGCAUUUUAGAGCAACAAAUAAAAGUCGUAAAUUAAAAAAAUAAAACUAACUUGUCUGUCACAGUCAACAGUUUGUUUGUUUUUGGGGGUUUUUAAUAUUGUAAUUAAGAGUUGCCAAAGUCAGAACAUUUUAAAUUACAGUGCAGGGUUUUAUGAACGCACGAGUCUUGUUGCUGGGAGUUUCAGUUAUCAUGUAUAAGCUGGUUUUGACUCUUUUCAACUGUAUGAAACCCUCCAAGUCCUCACUCUGACAGUUGGAGUUCUGUCUCCAUCUUUUCCAUCUAUAUAUUUUAGCAAAAUGUUUCUCAGUCUAAAAUAACGAGGCUUUAUUGUAUUUACAACCUACACAAAAAUGUCCCUGCUUGUGUAAAAUCCUAAUCAGUAGAGCUAAUUGUGAUGUGAUUAUUAGCGGAUAUUUUUAUUUUAUUUCGUAAUAUUACAUUUCCAGUUCCAGUUACCUUAGAUACAAGUAUAUUUAAAAAGAAAUUCAAUUCUACAUAAUAGAACAUUAUUAAAAGUCAUUUAGCCUUACAGGUGUUAACGUUGGGUAAAUACAACCUCAGAUGAACAAAACAUGACAUGUCACAGUGUUCCAUUAAUUAUUUAACAAAAACUAAGUCAAAAUACAAAAGCAAUUUGUAGAGAAAAAAAGCUCCCUUCAUCCAAUAGCUAUUACUGUUCACCUAAUAGGUUUCUGUAUGACUUUAUCAGUCUCUCACAUUGUUGUAGAGCAAUUUGACCCACUCUGAAAUUGCUGGCAUAUCCACUCUUGAGAACAUUGUGGUAUCACGUUAACACACAUCCAGACCAGUAAACUGACAUAACCUUUGCUUUUACAGAGGUUCCCACACUUGCAGCACUUGGCUGUUAGUUUCCUAUUAAUUCCUAUGGAAGCAGUAACAAAAUUUUUCUACACACUGCUUCUGCAUUUUUAGCUUAGUUUUAGCUGAAUAAAUAAUGACACACUGUAAUAUGUUGUAAUAUGUGUUUUUGUUCAUCAGAGGCUGCAUUUGCCUAAUUUUAAGAUCUGGUAUGGAUCAGAUGACUUUUAUUAUGACCUGAUAUGCAAAACAUUAUAACUGAAAGGGUGUACUUUCCUUUGCAAGUCAUUGUCCUGUAUCUGUUUGAGAUGAAUUAUUUCACAGGGCUUACUGGAUCUUACAAAGUGUUGCUAUAGUAUAUUUUUUCUAAUACAUAGUUAUACAUAUUUGAUUUCACUGUUACUCUACUACUACAGGAUGCAUAUAUAAGUCCUCUAUGUUUCGAAAUGUAUCAGCUUUUGUGUUGAGAAUGAUUAUGAACUUUUCAAGAUGUAUUGAAUAAAAAGUAUGAGUGCGAGUAAACUGCAAUUUCUGCAUGGAAAUACAGCAUAUUCAGCAUAUUUCCCUCCUGGAUUAAUAAAGUCCCUUGCGGCGAUUUUAUCUUGUGAUUUUUAUUUCGACCACUAGAUGUCGUGCUUUGCUAAUAAAACUGUUGUGAUUUGUUGCGUCACUUUUCUAAAUUAACAUAUCCUAAACUAUGUUCAGUUUAAAUAGCAACUGAAUUUGCACCAACAAGAAUGUAUGAUGAUGUAUUUUUGAAAUAAUUUGCUUUAUCACUGCGGUCUCAAUAUUUUCGAAGUCAAACUACAUUUAUAGGAAAUAAAACAUUUUUGAAACA